GACAGGGUAGAGUGUGUGUUUGGAGUAAUUGUGCAGAAAGCAUUAAGGAAAGGAAGGAGGUGGAGUGUGAGUAUGGGGGGGAGCAGAGAGGGGAGGUGGGGAACUGGAAGUUGUAGGUGGAGUAAUUCUGCAGAGUAUGAGCUGCUGUCCACAGCUUUCUGGCUGUAAAUUGAUGAGAUCAUAGUGUUUUAAAGUUACCAAAAAAAAGAGAAAAAAAAAAGUCUUUGACUUGUUUUUCAAGAGAGACAGAAACACAGAGAAGCUGAAGAAAUGGAGCGACUAGCAAAACUCCUCCUGUGGCAGCUUUUGCUUCAGCAAAGUUCUGUUGUUAACUUAUAUUCAGUCCCAGCUGAUGCCUCAAACCCAGACAGUGUUGUAGUGUCCGUAUUAAAUAUCAGUGCUACACUGGGGUCACAGGCUGUCUUGCCCUGCAAGAGUUACCGCAUGGUGUGGACCCAGGAUCGUCUGAAUGACCGCCAGCGUGUAGUCCACUGGGACGUAUACAGCAACUACUAUGGAGAUAACAAGAUGGAAAGGCUGUGUGACAUGUACUCAGCUGGAGACCAGCGUGUCUACAGCUCAUACAACCGGGGGAGGAUAUUUAUGCCCCAGAAUGCAUUUACAGAUGGCAACUUCUCACUGGUUAUCAGAGAUGUUGCAGAGAGUGAUGAAGGCACAUAUUCCUGUAAUCUUCACCAUCACUACUGCCACUUAUAUGAAACUGUGAAAAUCCAACUAGAUAUCACCAAAAAAGCUAAGGAAGCAAAGCAGUACUGGGAUGGGGAGAAGGCUGUGAUUGUUGCCCUGGAAGGCAGCACUGUGAUGCUCCCUUGUGUGAACCGGAACCACAUCUGGACUGAAAGGCACAGUGAAGAGGAGCAGCAAGUGGUCCACUGGGACAGGCAGCCCCCAGGGGUUCCUCAUGACCGAGCUGACCGCCUCAUUGAUCUGUACGCCUCUGGCGAGCGCCGCUCUUAUGGACCUCUCUUCAUUCGUCAGAAGAUGAACAUCACUGACACAGCCUUUGCUGUGGGUGACUUCUCCCUGUGGAUUUCAGAGCUGGAGAGCGCAGAUGAAGGCACCUACUCCUGUCACCUGCACCAUCACUACUGUGGCCUGCAUGAACGCAGGAUCUACCAAGUCUUUGUGACAGAACCAGUGAGAGAGAAGAAGGUGGUGAACCUCACCACUCACAACACUGCCCCAGCCAUAGAUCCAAAUGUUGUCAGAGGCCACAACGUGAUAAACGUCAUCAUCCCUGAAAGUCGGAUACACUUCUUCCAGCAGCUGGGCUAUAUCGUGGCGACUCUGCUGCUCUUCAUUGUCCUCCUCAUCAUUGUUGUCCUCAUCACCCGCAAGCGCCGGCAGAGAGGUUAUGAAUACAAUGUGAAGAAAUACGGAGAGAAGGACGUAAAUCUUAAAGAAUUUACAGUCGACACAACAGAUCUGACUCAAUACAAAAGCGAAGACAUCAGGCUGGAUUACAAAAACAAUAUCCUGAAGGAGAAGGUUGAACAAGCCAGAAGCUUCCCAGCAAAGAACAUUGACUUAGACAAAGAUGGUAGCAGGAAUGAGAAGCCAAUUCCCUUCCUGUCCUUUCAUCAUGAAGCCACAAGAUAUUUCAGGAAGGAAUAUUGUAAAUGAAGACAUUCCCAAGCUGCUGGCUGGACCAGAAGCUGCAGUCAAAGAGAGAUAAAUGCAAAAGAGAUGCCUUUUCUUAUUACUAUGUCCUUCCAGUUACCUUAGAGUUUUCAUGUAGACUUUGUCCCCACUGAGCACCAGGGUAUUUGCAAAUGCUUCCUGAAAGAGUUAGACCAUCUGUCUUAUAUGUACUUAGGAUGGGUUUUGGUGGCCUUUUCUUCUUUUGUUCUCUCCUGACACACACAUGCGCGCGCACACACACACACACACACACACACACACUUUUCUUUCUGAUAUUAUUGUUGUUCUUACGCAUCAAUGAUUUUUAUGAGCUGAAUCAGCAGACAUUUUGCUUUUAAAUAAACCAAACCUGCACCACAAUCCUGAGCCAUCAUUAUAUCAGGCAUUUUUCCACAUAGUAUAUUCAUCAGAAAAAUAAUAGCAAGGCCUGACUAUGAUCUCCCAUACGCUGGCGUAAAUCAGGAGGAACUCUACUGUCACUCAGCACUUUAAAUAAUCCAGGUAAAGUAUAAACAGUCUCUAACUCACCCCUUCACAAAGGACAAUGUAAAUAUCCUCAUUUUACAAAUGGGGAAAUGUAAAUAGCCUUAUUUUGCAGGGGAAAGGGAGGCACACAAAUCUGGCUACUUGCCACCAUCAUAUGGUAGUGUUGGGAUUAGCUCCAAAGAGGUCUUGAAGUAUAACCCUGUAUUUCUCACUUUAAGCUUGUCUGUUGAUUUGUUUUUGUUUCAUGGCAGACCAAACCGUAUUUGGCAUGAGCAGACACUUUCAGCUGAAGUUGAUGGAGUUACAGUGCUGUAAUACCAGUGUCAGUUAGAUCAGAACCAAAAAUCUCAUUAUGGAGAGGGCUAAACUCCUCUGUGGAAUCUGGAGUAUGAUUUUCCUGCAGUCCUUGCGUGGAUCCUGCUCACACAGUGUGUGUGUGCACAUCAGAACAAAGGUAUGAUUACAGCACAGGUAGACAGAUUGUUAAAGGAAAUAACUUCCCAAGGGCAGACCAUGAGAAACAAGAGUAACAACACACUCCACCAAAUAGCUCAUCAGGCAUUUUCACUGGCCAGGCUCCCGGAAGGACAGCUGAGGAAAGAGAUGAGACUAUUCUUGUAGGUUUUGGCAUUGUUUUGGGGAGCAGAUGCCUGAGAUAGGGGGCUGUGGGCUGAAGGGGAGUUAUACAAAUGAGCAGUGGGUCAGCUGGAGAUGUCCAAAAAUUUGAAAAAUGAGAAUUCAGUGUUGCAAUCCAAGCAAGUUAAAGUAUCAGGAAAGCCAGAAAAUAUAGAAAAUUUACAGAAAAUAAGGGUUCUGCACAGCUCCUCUGACUACUUGUGAUAUGCUGUGGCACCAUUCCCAAACUAAGGCACACACAUGGUCCUUGGGACAUGGAAGAAAGGAAGGCCUUUCCUAUUGUGAGCAUGAUGACAGUGGCUUGUGUUCUUAUUGUGUUCUUGUGUAAGGGUGAAGGUGCCAAAGAUUGCUAGUUUUGUCUUUGGUGGUCUGAAUAGAGGAGGGAUUGCAUGUGAACCUGGUGACUGAAUGGAACUGGGGUAGGAAUUCCAGGGUGUUGCAAAUGAUGGAAGUGUGAAGAAGAGCUUGUGUGGAACUACUGUGAAGGUGAGAGAGGAGGUGAGGGUGAUAGUGCAGUUUUGGUCUUUGAGCAAUGCUCUGCUUGCAGCUGGUAUCUCAGCAUGGAUUUCUUCCUUCGGCUGGAGAAUCUUGAGGUCUUUGCUGACAAUAAAGUAGUUGCAGUUCACGGAAAGUAUUUCAGUCUACCAGCUAAACAGUUGGGAACAUGACCUGCUGCCCAAUACGACGUGUCUCAGCCAUUGUUCUAAGCAGCCUCACCACUUAUCUGGGAACAUAUCGGUGCUGCCUAAUAGGGGCACAAGUUUCUUGGCCAAACUGGAAAGAGAUGUUGUCAUGGUUCACUGAAGGUGCCCACUGCCCAAGUACACAUACUACAAGAGCCCAGGGCUGGUUUGAGUACUGUCCAGCUCUAUGGGCCUCAGUAGAGUUGGAAUCUAUGUCAAAUCCCAUAUCUGUCCCAUUUCUUUCCACACCUACCAACCUGGCUGUCUUGUUUUAUUGGUGUCAGUAUUGUCAGACCCCCUCUCCCUCCUCCCACAAACAACACUGAUCUCCACUGUUGUGUGGCAGGGCUCAGUAAGACUCAGCAUCUCAGGGCUGUACUGCAGUGAGUGUGAUGAAUGCUGAGUUGUAGCCAUUCACAUUGAAGCUGAGCUCAGCUCCCUAGCUCUGCCAGAAGAGUGGUGGGUGAGGCCUCCUAUCUACCAGAAAAUCUGUAUCAUCUAUUCAGAAGCCAGGAUGUGAGUCCUUCAAUGUACACUUUCCAUAAGAGUGGAAAAUGGACCACAACAUGCUGGUGAGGACUUUGGCAAAGGAGAAUUAUUUGUUGAGGAGCCUCAUUUUUAAUGACUUCAAAUAUUAAAAAUAGUAGUAGAAAAAUGGUGGAAUGGAGAUGAGCCUUCCUAUGCUACAGCCAGGCAGAUCCUUAUCUUUUAGUUUGCUUAGCCCUUCCGCUACUGUCUAGACAGUUUCUGUGAUUUCUGAUUAGCUGCCUUUAUCCUCACUUAGGAUUCACCCCUAUAAAAGUGCUUAGGUUGGACAGACCCAUGGCUAGUUGGGAGAAGGGCCUGGAUUGGGCCCAGGCUCCUAUUUUUCUGUCCUUCCCCAAAAGUGGAUAGCCAUUCUGAGAUUGCCUUUGGCUGGACCUGAUUGAAACCCAAGCCACAUUCCUGCAGCUGCUUAAGACUGCACUGGUUAUUACAUCAGGGCAGCACAGUCUCAAGUAAUCACCAUUAAUGUCUUUCUCCCUCCCUUUCAUGUCUGUGAGUCAAAGGUUGGAGAUCUUUACUUGCCAGUUCAAAUUGCUUAGCACAGCUCAUAUAGACACCAGCUCAAAAUGGGUUUACUCAUAAACUCCAGAGGCAUUUAAAUAUUUUAUUUGAUUUCCAGGCUGCAAAAUAGCUUAAGGGGAAAGAAAUUAAUAUGUUCUCUGAAACAGGCACUAGAAAGAGCUUUAUGAGUUGCUCCUCCCUGCUUUGAUCAUCAGCUUGAAUUUGAAUAAUGGUCAGACAUUUCCUAGAUUGAUUCAGAUGGGAGACCAAAUUGGGAUUAUACCCCCUUUUGCUUCAGGAGAGGGAUAUGUGUAUGUGAUUAGACUGAAGAUCAGGACAGUGGUUUUCAAAAGCAGCCUGCCACAUCCAGUAUGUAAUUUAGCAAGUUAAAAUUCUGGCAAAAAGAGAUCCAGGCAAGACUGCUGGAUAACUGGCCAUAUUUUCCAACUAUUGAAAAAAAGAAAGAAAAUGAACAAUGAACUGAAGAAGGUCUUUUUCUGUUUAAUGCAGAGGAAUCAUCAAAGGGCUGUUUGCCCUCAAAUACUCAUGAGAAGCCAUUUAUGUCCCUUAUGUAUGUCCUUUGUAUUCUUUUGGUCUUUAGCAUUGGCAUGAAGUGUAUGUCGCUGAUUUUGUACAUGAAAAUUGGAAGAAGGCUGGACUUGCAAUUAAGUCACUACAUGGGGGGCAGUAGCACUGGGUUCUGUUCCCACUCUGCUAGAGGUUCAGUGUGAUCCUAGAUGGAUUAGUUUUCUCUCUCUUUCUCCCAUCUCCGGUUUCAGCCUUUCUCUCUCUCAUAUGGGAUGCUAGCUUGCCUCUCAUGGAGAAACAAUGUUUUGACAUUUGCACAGCACUUUGAGAAUGCUAAAUGUGCUUUGUCUGAGUUGUUUAAAGGACUGUUACUGCUCUAACAAUGGAAUGCUGCAUCUCAGUAGACUUCUUUACCUGUCACUUCAUAGGCUCUUGGCAGGCUUUGCCCCAUUAUAAUCUUCUCAGUUUCCUGAGACAUGCAUUUUAUGUUCGGUUAGUUAAAAUAACAGUAAACCCUAAUAUUUUUAUACCAAAUACUUCUCUGUGAGUAGAAGAAAGCAGAGAAUUGAAUGUACCUCAUAGGGUAAUUCAAAUUUUUUGGACUGUAAGCUCUUGCUGCUGAACAAGGAUACAGAAUUGACCUUAAAAGGGGUUAUGCUACAUGCCAGCUGGACUCAGAUUGGCUUAGUUCUUUGGAAGCAAGAAAUUUCCAAAAGCUUUCUUCAUAAAGAAAAGGAUUCUUUAUUUUAGUUUGUAUUACAAUUCCUGGAGUUGAUAUUUUUUAGUCCUUGUGUUUGGAGUAAUGAAAAUGUUAUCCUUUUCUCAUGAUUUACUUUAUCUUGAUUGGAAAACUACCAUACUUUUUUUUUUUUAUUUCACCUGUGUUCCUGUUUAAUUUGGCCUUGCUCCUCCUCGGGCUGUUUGCUUCUUUCUUUCUUGUUAUUAUUGCAUGACAAUUUUCAGGGGAGAGAGUGUAUAUACACAAAUUCUAGGCUUAGAUGAAUGAAGAUCAAGACAUUGUCAUGAUCUUAAUUGGACAUAAAUAGAAGGAAAACUCAUCUACAGAAAGGAAAGUAAAUACAGAUGAAAGACUAAGGCACCUGUGUGGGAUCAGUGACUUGGAAAAAGGAGAAGAGGGGAGAAUCUAUUUCAAAGAAUCUGGGGAAAAAUUAUCUUUCCAUAAGCUGAUGAGGUCUUAACUGAAGAGUUAUUGAGCUUACGCAGUUAUACAGAUGAACAAUCCUUACACAAAUGCUAAAGGAAUAGGGAUUAUAUAAAUAGUAAGUUGAUCUUCUUUUUUAAUGCUAAACUACACAGCUGCCUCAUAGUACUUGAAAAUGGUGCUUUAAAGGGGGGAUGUUUUUGCAAAUUAGAACCUUCCAAGUGCUGUGGUCUACCCUAUAGGUGAGACUGUGAUAGGUGUGAUUUCCAAGGUGGCUGCAGCUGUAUAGUAUAUGACUUCACAGAGUGAAGAGUGAAGUAGGUGGCAUUUCCUCCACUGCAGUCCCAGUCAUUGUCUGUGUUAGGCUCUACUUACAUUAGCAAGUCAUGCAGCCCCAUACAAACAAAUCUGAGAGUGGAGCAGUGGUUCUGAGAACCUGACACCCACGCCCUAUGUGUUUUGGGAGGGGGAGCUUACUUUUGAUUUGCAUCAGUCUGGUCUUCGGUCCGAAACUAUUAGUAGCUGGAGCAUGCUUUUUUAGUUAGUUUCCUCUGAAAUGAAUUCAGCUUGUGUACGUUAAGAUUGCUUCAAAAUGCAAACCAAAGUGUGCUAUGUGGGAACAGUCACAAGAUUUGCUCUAAAGCAUGUUUCUGAUCUGAGGUGCUGCUGCAGGUGAACUCUUCAAUUUCAGCCUGGAGACUUGUUGUCUGGAGGCUAAUGUCAACUUAGAAUGCAAAGCAAAGGAGAGCCACUUUGGCUGACACAAAUAAACAAAGCCCCAGUGCAAUCUUAUAUUUCUGCUAUUUGGUGAUGAUACAGAGCCCAAGACUUACAAGCAAGGUAGAGCAGAACUGAGGAUACAGAGCUACUCAAUGCAAUAUUGGUUUGCCAAAAGAGACACAGCAGGCCACUGUCAUAACUCAGACUAGAACUAGGUCCCCUCUUUUCAGCUCUGUGCACAUUCUGCUUCCUCUCAAGGCUGAGAGGAGGACUGGCUCCAUAAAACUUGUUUUACUCUUUACUGUAACUGAAUUAAUUUUCAUUAUUAUUGCUACUUAACUGUUACCAUUUAUCAAUCAGUUGUGUAACUCUCCUAACAUUUAAGAAAUAAAGGAGAAUAUAAUGGA